AUGGAAGCGGUCCUGGUACAACACCAUUUUCUUCUCUCCUUGAGUCCAGAUCUCUCAGUCCGCAGUCUCCCACAAAGAGAUCCACUGGCCAACAGCCAAUUACUCCAUCCUGGACCUCUCAGCUUCACCAAUAGAAACCAGAUGGAGCCUCGUAACAACACCGUAGUGAGAAAGAAAAAGAGAGGAGUGGACUCUGCCAUCUUUGACAAAUACACCAUUCAAAAGUUUAAGAGCAUUUUCCAUAACUCUAAGGUCAGAUAUGUUUCCAUAUUCUGUUACAAGCUGCAUACUGUUAAAGAGACACUACAGACCACAGAAGAAGAGGUGGGAGCCUUCACCAAACUGAUUGAGGCCAUAGGCUUCACCGGUCCCCUCAAAUACAACAAAUGGAAAAUUAAGAUAGCUGCCUUGCGCAUGUACACAUGCUGUGUAGAAAGAAUCAACUAUGACCAAUUUUUUGAAAAGUGCUCUCUCCCUGACACGCUUAACUCCUGGUUCUUGGUGGCACAGCUCCACGUUUGGAUGUGUCUGAUCCGGAUGCGGCAGGAAGGCAGAGCUGGGAAGUACAUGUGCCGUUACAUCGUCCACUCCAUGUGGGAGGACGUGGAGCAGAGGAGCAAGAUUAUGGGAAUCGAUGCCAUUCAAAGAAAGGAGAGCAUGAAGGUGAUGACGGAGACAUUCUACGCUGCACUUUUUGGUUAUGAUGAGGGAAUACUGUCAGACGAUUGCGUUCUUGCGGCGGCGCUCUGGAGAAACGUGUUCAACAGACAGUGUGAAGACCCCAGACAGCUCGAGCUGAUGGUCGAAUACGUCCGCAAACAGAUGCAGUUCAUCGAUGCUCUGGAUGGGGAGGACCUGCUAUUAACUGGAGAAGUGAAAUGGCGCCCCCUGGUGGAAGAACACGCCCAGAGCAUCCUGAAGGUUCCCAGCCCGACCUACAAUGAUGCCGGACUCUGAGAGCCAUCUCACCCUCCUUUAUCUGUCUUUCCAUGACUUUCCCCACCGGUUUGUGAGCUUCCUACAUCGAAACCAAGUGUUUGGAAUACAACCACAAACAAACGCACAUAGAUUUAUUCUCUCAUGUAUUGAGAGUAUUCUUGAGAGUAAGUUCUGAACAGAAUGGUUUUGCGCUCUCCUUUUCUAAAUAUUCUUGAGUAUUAUUGUAUUUAUAUGUCUUUCCAUAAGGCUGCAAUAUCUCUUGGCUCUCACUGUACCACUCAUCAGUGUUUACAGUGCAAAUAGUUUUUUUUUUAUUAUUAUUUCACUCAGUGUGUUUCGUGUGUGUGUGAAUGUGUAUUUUUUAUUUGUCAGGGUCGUCCACAAAUAAAAGCACUUCUCCAGUAACAACCUCUUCA